AUGGUUGAUAUUCUUUAUUCACUUGUGAAUAUUAAUGAACGAUUUGAUCGAUUAGUAAUUGAUCCUCUUUAUAUUCAUCAUCUUGAUAUGACUAUCGAAUUACCCUUUGAUGAGAUAAUUUCAAUAUACAAUAAAGUUUUUCCAAGAAUUUAUGAAAAUAUCUUACCUCGAAUUCAUAAUCAAGUAAAUAAAUUGACUGUUGAUUCAUAUUCCAUAAAAUCUAUUCUUACUGUUAAUUAUCCUCAACUUUAUUCGUUAUCACUUGUUGAUUUUCAAGAAGAAAUACUUUUUCAAUAUUCAAAAGAUAUAUUAUUUUUUUGGGUACGUGAUUCAAUUCUUCGUAAUCUUCUUAGUAAACAAAUUACAGAUCUUAAUAUUGAUAUUCAGUAUGAUACAAUAGCACAAACCACUAUAAGUCUUUCAGAAAAGUUUGCCUUAAUAUUAUCAUUAAGAAAAGAUUAA